AUGUCGUUUCAAUAUAUUACUGUACAACAAUUCUUCGGUAAUUCAUAUGUAUAUCCUUCUUCAUCGUUAUCUAUAUCAAGUAUCGCUGCUGCAAAUACAGAUCCUUUGUUAAUAUCUGAUGUUCGACGAAUUUUUGAUGGUAAACGUGUUGUUUUUGCUGGUGAUUCUGAAGUUAGACCGAUAUAUCAUGAUAUGGCAACAUUUUUAGUUAACGGUCAUCGUUUAUAUUCUACAGAUAUUACUGUUCAAAAUAGUGAAAAGCUUUACCCGUAUAACAAUGAAUGUCGUGUGCGUGCUGAUGGACGACCAGGUAUGUCAAACUAUGUCGAUGAACAUAUGUGUCAGUGGUCACCGUCAUCAUCAAUUCAUUACAUCUAUCUUGCUUCGCUUGAUUGUCAUGAAUCAAAUGAACUUCUCCGUUUCGUUCAAUGUGCUGAUUUAGUUGUAUUUUCAUCAGUAAAUGGUGAUAUGAAUUGUCAUUUUGGUCGAGAAAUCUAUUUUCUUUCUUCUCAUCUCAUUUUUCAUGCUCAUCAAGUCGUCUCACUAUAUAUUUAUGAUACAAUUCGUGAUCGUUCAUCUAGUAUCAGUUUACUAUUUAAUCAACAUCAAUUUAUUAAUCUUCAAUCAUGUAUAUUCAUGUCGGUUAAUCCAUCAACUAAACUUGAAAAUGUUAUUAAACAAGUUGAAAGUUCGAAUAGACUUAUUUCAUUUACGAUCAAACAACCAAAUGAUAAAAAUAUGAAUGAAAACAACAAAUGGGAUUUAACUCGAACUAUAUUGAUACACAAGUCAUCUUAUCUUCGUUCAGUUGUACUUAAAUAUCCUUAUGAUUACAUAGAUGUAUCAAAUUAUAUUUCAAUUGUUUCGAAUACUACAUCACUUAAUUUGUUAAUAAUAAGAUAUCUAUAUACGAUAAUAAAACAUGAAGUUCUAUUUCAAAAUAAUAAUUGUUUAAUUGAAACGCCACCUAUUAAUGAAAAUGAUCUUCCUAUAUCACCACAAAUGACAUCCUUCGAUUCAACAAUUUUUGCUGUAUGUGACAGUCGUGCAAUCGCUUAUAUUUUACGUUGUAUGCCUAAUCUUAUUCGUUUUAUUUUUCUUUAUGCAAGAUGUUGA